CCUAAGAUAAAAUAAUUUAUUAGGUCUUAGAAUAUACAAUUCUCUCUCUCUCUAUUUAUACAGUAUGUAUGUGUGUGUAUAUAUAAUGUAGCUUAUUUUUAUCUAUUCAUUCUUCACUAAUUUUGUAGUCAACUGACUCACAAAUAAAUAUUGCAUGUGUAUCUAAGUGAUCUGACUAUACUAAAUAGCCUACAGAAGUCUAAUAAGAGACACAUAGCCUAGUGUAAUCUAUUAGUGUCUGGGAAGUGUCGUAGUUUCCGUGUUGUCCAGCCUUUUCACAAGCCAUUCCUCUUGUUUUUCCGCGCUUUCGUUGAUGCGAACACGUAACGCUAUUUUGUCAUGCUGAGCCAAACAAAACCCGAGUGGUUGGCGGUCAGUGGCUCGUUGACCGCUCAUCGGACAACAUGAACCGGGCACUUAGAAAGUCUCAGUCUCUGCGUUGCUGUUCGGUCCUCGAGGUGAAAAGUAAAUAUGGUGCAGAAUUCAGGAGGUUUUCCCUGGACCGCUGUGAGCCUGGCAGGUAUAAAGACUUCCACAGGCUCAUUGUGCGUUUACAUCACUUAUGGCAAAUGGAUGUCCUUAUCGGUUAUGCGGAUGUCCAAGGAGAGCUGCUGCCCAUCAAUAAUGAUGACAACUUUUGCAAAGCUGUGACCUCUACACAAUCUUUACUGCGUAUCUUCAUUCAGCUUCAAGAGGACGCUGACCAGGAUAUCACAGGUGCUGAAGAUACAACAAAACGAAAGAAACCUAUCAGCCAGAGAAAAACACCAUUUCAGAUCAGCAUGCCACAGAACUUCCGCCCUGUUUCGUCUAUCAUUGACGUGGAUAUCAUACCAGAAUGCCACAGAAGGGUGCGUCUGUAUCGCCAGGGCUCGGACAGACCUCUGGGGUUUUACAUUCGCGAUGGUACCACUGUCAGGGUUACUCCAUACGGUCUGGAAAAGGUUCCGGGCAUCUUUAUCUCCCGCAUAGUUCCUGGAGGACUGGCGGCUUGCACGGGACUGCUGGCCAUUAAUGACCAGGUCCUGGAAGUGAAUGGUAUUGAUGUUAUGCGGAGGUCUUUGGAUCAGGUAACCGACAUGAUGAUCGCAAACAGCCACAACCUCAUCAUCACAGUGAAACCUGCAAACCAGCAUAACAACAUAAGGCGAAAAAGCUGCAGUUCCUCAAGCUCGGGACAGUAUUUUGAUAGUACGCACUCCAUAAGCUAUCCAGGGCUACCUAUGAUACUGAAAGCUUAUGGUUUAGGUAAUGGCUCUGAGAGUGAAGAGGAUGCAGAUGUGGUUGUCGAGAGCCCCAUCAAACACCUGUCCCGACAUCAGGGUUUUUCAGCCACCUCUCAUUCAUCUCAGCCUUAUGUUACUUGCUACAGGCCCCAAGUUUCUGCCAGACAGCCCAACUCGCUCAUUUCGGCUGCGUCCUAUCGCUCUCAGCCUUGUCUCGCUUAUACAGCUCACACUGACCACAGCGUCACUCUUCACAGGCAUCGGACCUCCCAGCAGCAUUUCGGCUGUAAUCCAGCCAUCAGACAGGGAAGCUGCAGUACCCAUGACAUUCUAAACACGUGGCACGUAGAUCUGAAUCGCCAUUUACUGUUGCCCCAGGGGGCAAUGGAGGAAGAUGGAAUUGUUGUCAUUUUGUAAAACAUAAACCAAAAAUACACCACCCAUUUUAAACUGUGCACUACAAUUUAUAAAUGACUCGAUAUAUAAUUACUUGCAUGUUAGGUUUUUACUAAUAACUUUUUUUUAGCAUACUAUUUUUUUUAUCCAUCAUAAAAAUACACUCUGAAAAGCCUUAGAUUGUUCACUUAAAAAUUUUAAUUCUGUCAUUAUUCACUCAACCUCAUAUUGUUCCAAAGCUGUAUGAUUUUCUUUCAUUUCAUUUGACUUCAAUUGUAUGUCUCGAAAUAUUCUUUUAUGCACCACAGUAGAAAGAAAAUCACACAAGUUUAGAAUGACGUAUUUUUGUAAUUUUACAUUUAAAUAAAUCUCUGCUCAAAUGAAUAAUAUGUGUUAAACUAACACCAAUGAAUCUCUUACAAUUAAUGGAUAUUAAUGUGUAAACUAGUGUUUUUAAAUAUAUAGCAUAAGGUUUCUUACAAGCAACACUGUAAAAAACAAAUAUGUAAAAUAACAGAAAAAGUACUGGCAGCUCAUUACACACGACAUUAUCCAUUAAUUUUACGGACAUUUCUGUUAAGUCUAAAACACAAUGCAAUGAAGUAUAAAAUUCAAAAUACUGGUGAAACUGUAAAACCUGUUAAAAAAAUAAAUACGGAAAAAUUCCUUCAAAUUA